UAGUGCCUGUUCUAAGGUGAAGCAAACAAUAUACAGCAAUGUUCAGCCUUCAAAUUCCAAUUUACUGUGGGACCCAGAGUUCAUGCUAGAUUUUAUUGAGAAUCCUUCUGCUCACAGCAUUAACUACUCAAUGCUGGGCAAGAUCCUGAGCGAUAACGCAGCCAACCGCUACAGCUUUGUCUGCAAUGCACUAAUGAACGUGUGCAUGGGGCACCAAGAUGCAGGAAGGAUUAAUGACAUAGCAAACCUUUGCGCAGAGCUGACGGCAUGCUGCACGGUGCUUAGCUCAGAGUGGUUAGGGGUCGUAAAAGCUCUUUGCUGCUCUUCGAAUCAUGUCUGGGGUUUCAACGAUCUGCUUUGCAGUGUGGAUGUGAGUGACCUGUCGUUCCACGAUUCCCUGGCCACUUUCAUUGCUAUACUGAUCGCCCGGCAGUGCUUUUCUCUGGAAGAUGUAGUGCAGCAUGUUGCGCUGCCUUCUCUUCUUGCAGCUGCCUGUGGAGAUCCGGAUGCUGAGCCUGGGGCGAGGAUGACCUGUCGGCUGCUCCUGCACCUCUUCAGGACCCCCCAGGUCUGCCUCUUUCCCCAGGGAACAGGGAAAUUAUUUCCGGGAAUUCGUUCUUCUUGUGAUCGUCACCUCUUGGCUGCUGCUCACAACAGUAUAGAAGUGGGAGCUGUGUUUGCAGUCUUAAAAGCAAUUUUGAUGCUUGGCGACGCUGAAAUUGGCAGCAGCAAUGUCAACUCCUUGAAGAGUGAAGACUUCCAUAUGAGAGACUUACUAGAUGAACUCAAUGAGGAUGAAAUCUGGGGUUCCUCUCACACUUUGAAACCAUGCGGAAAAGCUGUUUCCAUAGAAACUGCUAGUUUGAGCGAGUAUGCUAGAUAUGUGCUAAGAACAAUUUGCCAGCAGGAAUGGGUUGGAGAGCAUUGCUUAAAAGAACCCGAGAGGCUGUGCACAGACAAAGAUCUUAUUUUGGAUCCCGUUCUUUCAAACAAACAAGCACAGAAACUCCUUCAACUUAUCUGUUAUCCUCAUGGUAUUAAAGAAUGCACCGAGGGUGAUAACCCUCAGAGGCAGCAUAUCAAACGCAUACUUCAGAACUUAGAUCAGUGGACUCUCCGGCAGUCUUGGUUGGAGCUGCAACUAAUGAUCAAACAGUGCAUGAAGGAGCCUUUCGUCUGAGCGGCGAGGAGUGUGGCUGGUGGCUCCCUUGAUUGCAAAACUGCCUACCUCAGUUCAAGGUAGGGUCUUGAAAGCUGCGGGAGAGGAGCUGGAGAAAGGUCAGCAUUUGGGGUCAUCUUCUAAGAAGGAAAGAGAUAGACAGAAACAAAAAAGCAUGUCUCUUUUGAGUCAGCAACCUUUCCUUUCAUUGGUGCUUACUUGCCUUAAGGGACAGGAUGAGCAACGGGAAGGGCUUCUAACAUCACUGCAGAAUCAAGUUAAUCAGAUCCUUAGUAACUGGAGGGAAGAACGGUACCAGGAUGACGUUAAAGCUAGGCAAAUGAUGCAUGAAGCCCUACAACUUCGUCUUAACUUGGU